CUUUGAAGAUUCACGUGAGUUCAGCCACAAAACAAAUAUUAGAUAAGUUUGGGAAUGACUUCAAAUUGGAGUUAAGAGGCGAAGUCGACAUUCGGGGAAGAGGAUCACUGACUACAUACUGGUUGCUGGAGGAGACGGACACAAAGGGAACGGCACUCAAUCCGAUACAGACACCACUCGUUAGAAAUAAUCCCCUCAUUUCAAUACAGGAUACAUAAGUUUGCACUCAAUUAAUAGGACAGUCACUAAUUUGUAACCAUCGGACACAUGCCUUCAAAAUAAGUAUUUUAAUUUUUAAGGACAUUGUACAAACAAUGGAAAUUCUACAAAAACUGAGCAAGCUAACACUUAUACAAUAUAAGUGAUUCAAUAAUUACUAUCCCUUCAUAACACGUAUCAACUAUUUACUAUAAAAUGAAUUAAAAUUUUAUAUAUUUUUAAUUUAUACUAUUUAUAUCACACAUCAUCUUAAUCAGAAAUUAUUGACUGUCCUAUUAAUUGAGUGCAAUUAGGGUGACAUCAAGUGUGAUUGCUAAAAUAUUUUGAGUGCAC